UCAAAACUAGUAUCCCGAUCACGUCACUGCCUUUGUGGAGAAGAUAGUACACUACGUCCGAUGCGAUUUCGUCAAAUAAUUUCCAAUGGAAGAAGUGCUCUUAGAUUUUGCCAACAUACCAGUGGAGCCUCCUGACGUACGAAGUACCUGCCUCCAGUGCGAGCGCCCUACUAGUGUUUGUUGGUGCGUAUCUUUACCAACACCGCCAUUAUGCCCCAGGAGCCGAAUAAUUCUUCUUCAGCACCCAGCAGAAGAAAAACGCUGUUUACGAACAGCCCCCAUGUUACGUUUUGGAUUGAGUGAAAACAAGUGUUUAAUUUAUAAAGGGAAACGUUUUCCUGGCCGCCAUAGAGAUUUGGAGACCAUACUGCAAGAGCCUAACACAAUUUUACUUUAUCCUAGUCCAGAUGCAGUAGACUUAAAAUCUCUUCUCCAAAAUAACAACGCCGAAACUAGUUUUAAUUUAGUAUUAAUUGAUGGAACGUGGCCUCAGGCUAAGGCUAUAUUUUCCAGUAAUCCUAUUUUACAUAAAAUUAAGCAAGUUAAACUGAUCACCCAUAGUGUAAGUAAUUAUAUAAUACGGACUCAGCCUACUGAGGGGUGUCUGAGUACGUUAGAGACGGCUACAGAGGCCUUAAUUUUAUUGGAGAACGACGACGGUUACAGAAACUUACUUCGGCCACUGCAGACUUUGUGUGAUUUUCAGCUGCAGAAUGGAGCUGUGUCACACCAAAGUAAAGAGUUUUUAAUUUCAAAUAAUCAGUAUCCUAAACGGAUUGGAAAGAGGUUGAACAAGGUACUACAGUCAGCUCAAGUUUUUCGAGAGGAAAAAUAAUUUCUUUUGAUGAGCCAAGUAACACAUGAUGGAAACAAACUGACGAAAGUUGAAAUCAAAAGUAAGAUAUCGAAACGCACAAACGAGAUAACCCUAGAAAUACAGCGAAUGUGUACAUUUUGUAAUAAAAAAAUCCGUUGAAAA